CCUGAAUGAGGACCCAUAUAUCUUCCCAAGUUCCCAACAGUAAAACUAGAAGAAGAAAGUACAUAUUGUUAUGAAUGGAAAUAGAAGAAGAGGAAAAGUUGAGACGGAGCAUAUACAAAGCAUCAAGAAGCAUAAAAAAGAGGGACAAUACUUUGUAUAAUGCCUUACUCUCAAUCUACCAUGACUCCAUUUUUGUCGGAGAGAUUUCUCAACUGUGGCCUCAUCUUCCUCUUGUUGCUAACCUUCGUUGCGGUCUAUGGUAUUCGCCUCGAUUCGAUGGCGGCACUUGUUACUUCAAAUCCACUGAUGGUCACUCCAAUAAUUGCUCUUUCAACACUUCCCGCCUCAAUCUCCACCUUGCCCUCCUCGCCGGGAACAAAGGUGGGUGUAUAAUUGUUGAUUCAACUCGAAAAGGGAAGCGAUUUCCUGAUAGCAUGUCAAAGACUAUACCUGUUUGGUCAUGUGUAUUAAAUCGUGCUAUUCAACGCUACAGAAACAUGAUACAUGAAAAUUUCCCUGAUGCAAAUAAGGAAAAGGAUAAAGAAACUUCAACUGAUUGGGAUUGCAACCUACAUCUACCUCUAUGGGUUCCUAAGACAGAGAAGGCUUCUAUUGAAAAUCGCCUUGAUGACUUUACUGCACUGUUGGAAGAGAGUGGUGCUGAUAUUGCUUCACUUGCAGCAUCCUUAAGAAAACCUCUACGCCCCUUAUGGAUCUCCCAAAAAUCUGUUAUAUGGUUAAAUGAGGUCCCUGAUCAUGAUUCUUGGGAUUUCACACCUCUAAUACUUGUUUCUGGAUCCUCCUCGAUUGGUUUUCUUCCACAAAGGACAAGCUCUGAGUUUAGUUGGAACUAUAUUCCUGGGGCAGGAGAUGAUGAAGAAAGUUGGGCUAGGGGUUUAACUCCCGACCUUUUUUGGAAUCAUGUGUAUGACCUCAUAAACUGCGGGCCUGAUUUGUGUAACAAGAAAGUUUCCGAAAUAGUCGAAAAGGAUAGAGUAUAUCGGGCACAGCGAGGAGAAGACGCUCCUCAGAUUUUGGUGAAGUCUCAAAAGUCUUUAGAGACCAAUGGACAUCACGAGUUUCCAUUGCACUCAGAGUUUAAGAAUAUAAAAGUUGGCCUAAGUCCUUCCACUAAAAGGGAUUCUUCAUUAUGUUGGUUGGGAUUGACAAAUAUCGUUGUGAGCACAACUCAACUUGCUGCGACUAAACCAGAUGUUGACAGUAUACUGAAUUGUGGCAAGGAGCUUCUCAAUGUUGACCAUUCAUAUGUUUAUUUGCAUCUGCCUAUAGUGAGCUCAAAGUUGGACCGAUUUUCGCUGUUAAAUAAUCUUCCUUCAGCAAUGAAGUUUGCUAGGUCAACUUUACUCCAAGCAAAAUCUCUUUUAGUGUGUUGCCCUGAUGGAGAAGACAUCAGUGUAUGUGUUUGCCUAGCAAUCUUAAUCUCCUUGUUUACUGAAGACGGAUCUUUUGACAAUGGGAAGUCUUUUAAAGAGACAGAGAUUUCUAAAUGGGAAAUGAGGCGACGACUUGUAUUUAUGUGUAAGUUUUCUACAAAUGCAAGGCCAUCCAGAGGGAAUUUAAGACAGGUCUUUUGUUUUCUUAAAAGUGGAACAACCUCUUAGAGCAAAUUUUUGUAAUGAACAAUCUUCAUAAAUUUUAAUAUGUAUUUGUUGUAUCAAGACAUCAAUCUUUUUAUCGCGAUAAUUAUACAAGAUAAAAAGAGAGACACAAAAGACAUCGUGAGAUACCAUUGACGACUAA